AUGGAUGCGAAUCAAAGCUACAAAUUUGGUGUCAACGAGUUCACGAAUUUGAUCGAAGAGGAGUUCCUUGCCACCCACACUGGUCUCGAUGGCAUUAACGAACCAUCUGAAGUAGUUGACGAAACGAUGGCGCCAUUUUGGAAUUGGAACGUUAGUAAUGUCAUCGGUAAGAGCAAAGACUGGACAAAGGAAGGAGCUGUAACACCUGCCAAAUCACAAGGAGGAUGUGGUAAGAGUGUCGUCCUGAAGAAGAGAUGCAAGGUGAAAGGGGGAGCACUGAUCAAGAGGAGGAUGAGGAGGAACAUCAUGGUUCCACGGCUAGUUGUUGUUGGGCGUUUUCAGCGAUUGCAGCGGUGGAAGGGUUUCAAAAUGUUCCACAAAACAAGGAGCGUGCGUUGUUCUGGCCGUGUGGAUACAGCCUGUCUCGGUGUGCAUUGCUGUGAGGGCGGCCAGUUUCACCCAUUAAGCAAGGGGAGUGUACAAUGCGCCCGACUAUGGGAUCUACUUGACUCAUGCAGUGACGUUAGUUGGGUACAGACGACCAAGAGUGGGAUCAAGAACUGGCUGGCGAAGAACUCAUGGGAUGAGAUUUGGGGAGAGAAUGGUUACAUUCGACUCGGUAGAGAUGUAGAGUGGCCUCAAGGUAUAUGUGGUGUAGUUCAGUUUGCUUGUUAUCCGGUUGCCUAA